CGAUAUAGAACUCACAUAAUUAGUUUCCAAUUGUUUAAAGAAGUGUAAGGUACAAAGUGUGCUUUCCGAGUAGAAAAAUUUAGUUUUUGGAACAACUAGUAUCAAUAAAGAUAUUACAAUGCCACAUUUAGUAAAGGAUUUGUCUGAUUUGAACAAUCAACUUAAAGAAGCUGGGGAGAAACUAGUUGUAAUUGACUUUUUUGCAACUUGGUGUGGACCAUGCAAAAUAAUUGCUCCAACCCUUGAUGAGUUAGCGAAAGAAUACGAAGGAAGAAUUGUAGUGCUCAAGGUUGAUGUGGACGAAUGUGAGGACAUCGCAAUGCAGUACAAUGUAUCCAGCAUGCCAACAUUCGUUUUUAUUAAACAAACCAAACAAAUAAGCUCAUUUUCAGGCGCUAGCGCUAAAAAAUUGGCUGAAGAUAUAGCAAAUCUUGUAUAAAAAAUUAAAAAUAAUUUACCGCGUGUAUUUUAUACGCAAAAAAAUAUAUUAUUGAAAUUCUAAAACUAUGUUGGCUCUUUAUUAAUAUUAUCCCUCCGCCUAAUUUUUAGAAUUAUAGAGUAUUUUUUCUUGUA